CUCAGUCGCCCGUUGGUGGUAGACCCAGGUCCAUGCUGUUAGGUGCUCCGACCACUUACACAACAAAAAACACCAAGGACCUGACACACACACACACACACAUACACAAUCAUGACUGACGUUGGAGGAUCCCAGUUUGAGUUGCUGGAGAGGAAGCAAAAGCCCGCUCACCUCACCCAGUACUUAGCUACCAUCACAGUCACUCUGGGAGCACUAAAUAUUGGUACAGCCAUGGGGUACACGUCACCCGCCAGCCCCCAGCUUAUGAACAACUCCACCAACUCUUCUCUUGUUAUCACGACGGAACAAAACAUCUGGUUCACCUCCACUAUAAACCUGGGAGCCCUCACCGGGGGUCUCCUUGGUGGGGUGUUUAUCAACACUCUGGGCAGAAGAGGCACCAUGUUGGCAUCGGUGUUGCCUCUCUUGGGGUCCUGGGCACUCUUAGUCUUCGCCCAGAACUUCGCCAUGUUGGUAUGUGGACGCGUUCUUGUUGGUCUGUGUGCUGGCGUCACCUCUAUAGCGGUGCCCACCUACAUUGGGGAAUUUUCCUCGCCAGACAUCAGAGGAAAACUGGGUACGUGCUUUCAGCUAAUGGCUGUGAUUGGUAUGUUGUACUCCUUCGUGUUUGGAGCCGUAAUGAACACGUGGCGGGGCCUAGCUGGUAUCUGUGCUAUUCCUCCUGUCAUAUAUCUCGUCUUGGUCUUAUUCGCGAAAGAAUCACCUACUUAUCUUCUCUCUAAAGGAAAAGAAAAAGAAGCCAAAGAAGCCUUGCAGUACUUCAGGGGGAAACAUUAUGACGUGGAGCCAGAGAUGCAACUGAUGAGAAAGACACAGGAGGAGGCUCUACAGAACACAGUGUCUCUGAAUGAACUUAAGACUCCCUACAUCCUCAAGCCCCUCCUCAUCUCCUGCACCCUCAUGAUCUUCCAGCAGAUCUCUGGCAUUAAUGCUAUGCUCUUUAACCUGUCCGUCAUAUUUGAGGAUGCUGGGUCUGGUCUGCCAGAGGAAGUCAGUACUAUCAUCGUGGGUGUAGUGCUGGUGUUGGCCACAGCUGUCGCUAGCAUCCUCAUGGACAAGGUUGGCAGGAAGGUGCUCCUCAUCAUUUCAUCUGCCAUCAUGACACUUGCAUUAGUGGCUCUUGAUGUGUACUUCUAUGAGAAAUACUGGAAUAAGGAUUGGGCGGUACUCAACCUGGGCUGGCUUCCGCUCGUCUCCUUCAUCGUCUUCGUAACAGCUUUCUCCAUUGGUUAUGGUCCCAUCCCUUGGCUCAUGAUGGGUGAACUCUUCUCGCUGAACGUGCGAGGGGUUGCCAGCAGUAUAGCCUCUAUGGUCAACUGGACGAUUUCCUUCUUUAUCACUCUCAUAUAUGAGCCGAUGCAGGUAGCAAUCGGGCCCUACGGCAUAUAUUGGUUCUUCGCUGGUUGCUGCUUCAUCAACUUUAUUUUCUGCAUCCUGGUGGUGCCGGAGACGAAGGGUAAGACACUGCAAGAGAUUACCGCACACUUCGGAGGUCCAGUCAUCACGACUAAAAAGGACAUCACCACAAUAUAGAGUUCAAUCAACCUAUUAAUACACUUAUUCAAAAUAAUUAUCCCGUAAGCUUACACUGUUAUACAUGGGAGAAAAUUACUCCUAAAUGACAGUUGGUAUUGUGAUUAAAAUGAUAAAGAUCCAGAAAACAUG